GGGACGCACGGCAACUCCGAGCUUCUGUUCCUAACGACGCCGUAAACCCACACACACCCGUCCUGCCAUGUCGACGACUCCUCGCGCUCGCGGCCGGUUGUCCCACCGCCGCGGUCGGUGCAGGUGCUUAGGCGGCGCCAACAAAAAAGGGGACCGCGCCACGCCGUGCUGCUCCUUCAACCCGCUGAGGUCCCUCUUCCGAUGCCCCGGCCGAGGCCGUAGCCGUAGCCGCAGCCGCAGCCGCAGCCGCAGCCGCAGCAAGCAUCGGCAGCGGACGCCGUCGAAGGUCCGUGAUGCGCUGACGGUGGCCGCCGGAUCGCAGCAGCAAACCCAGGAGGAGGAGGAGCCUUCUUUCUUCGUGUACACCAUGCCGAACCAUAGCGGCUUCGGCGCCGCCACCGACGAGCACAACAAGAAGAAGAAGAAAAAGAAGAAGCACCGGAAACCGCGCAUGCCGUCCUUCGGCUCGUGCUUCCGCAGGAAGAAGAAGGAGCGGCGGCAGACCAAAACUGCGGCCACCGUGAGCGCCCUGCGCCCGGCGCUCACGCCUGCUGCGUCGCUGCUGACGCAUCCGCCUGGCUCCCCUGCGUCGGAGAAGGCGCAGGCCGCGACGACCCCGUCUGUGACGGGGCCACCUUCUCCGGCGCCUACGGAGAACGGCAGCACCACCGUCAACUCGCCAGAGCCGACAGGACGGCAACCGGCCACGGCGAGGCCGGCCAGCAAGCACUUGACGGAGAUCGUCGAGGUGGCGACGGGCGAGCAGCUGUCGACGCACGAAUUGGGCCUCAUCGAGAUGGUUGGCAGCUCAGCUGACAUCUCCGCGGAGUCCUCAGUGAAGUCAUCGCUGGACUACGUCAACGAGCCACCACUGCCGCCGCCAGCCAAACGGACGGUGGUGGAGAGGGAAGCUGCGGCGGCGGUGCCGGUGAAGAUUAAUGAGGUUCCGCCGAAGCUGUGGCUCAACGGCAAAUCGGCCGAGUCCCGAGCACGGGAACGGUUCUCCGAGCCUCUUGUGGCUGUGGCGGGCGAGGAACUGUGGGCGCACGACGUCGCGUGCAGCCGCGUGCACGCCGUCAUGCUCGCCGAGACGGGUUUGAUAACAGCUACUGAUAGGGAUAUCAUCUUAGAGGGGCUUGAUCAGAUAGAGAGGCUGAUCCAAGAAGGCAAAUUUGAAUGGAGGAAGGACCGGGAGGACGUGCAUAUGAACAUUGAAGCGGCUCUGAUUGAGAGGGUUGGUGAGCCAGCCAAGAAGUUGCAUACUGCUAGGAGCCGCAAUGACCAAAUUGUGACAGAUCUAAGGCUAUGGUGCCGUGAUGCUAUUGACAAGAUUUUGAUUCGUAUCAAGCAGCUUCAGGUGUCUUUGGUUAUUUUGGCUUCAAAAUAUGUUGACUUAAUAGUCCCGGGUUAUACUCAUCUGCAAAGGGCACAGCCUGUUCUGCUGCCACAUCUUCUCUUAUCAUAUGUUGAACAGUUGGAGCGUGAUGCUGGUCGGCUGGUCAACUGCAGGGAGCGAGUGAAUUUCUGCCCUCUUGGUGCUUGUGCUUUGGCUGGAACUGGACUUCCCAUUGAUAGGUUCCAAACUGCUAAAGAUUUGAAAUUUACGGCUCCAAUGAAGAAUAGCAUUGAUGCAGUAUCAGACCGUGACUUUGUACUAGAGUUUCUUGCCGCCAAUUCAAUUGCUGCUGUUCAUCUUUCGCGAAUUGGUGAAGAAUGGGUUCUUUGGGCAUCAGAGGAAUUUGGGUUCCUGACACCAAGUGACAAAGUUUCAACAGGAAGCAGCAUUAUGCCCCAGAAGAAAAAUCCAGAUCCAAUGGAGCUUGUUCGUGGGAAAUCUGCUAGAGUUGUUGGAGACCUCAUGACUGUUCUAACCCUCUGUAAAGGCCUUCCACAAGCCUACAACCGUGACCUUCAGGAAGACAAGGAACCCUUGUUUGAUAGUGUGAAAGCCGUAUUAGGAAUGCUUGAAGUAUGCACGGAGUUUGCUCAAAAUAUCUCAUUUAAUUCGAAAAGAAUACAAAGUUCCCUUCCAGCUGGUUAUCUGGAUGCAACGACGCUGGCGGAUUAUCUUGUGAAGAAGGGAAUUCCUUUCAGAACUUCUCACGAGAUAGUUGGAAGGUCUGUUGCUCUAUGCGUCUACAAGCAGUGUCAGCUAGCCGAGCUUGAAUUGGAUGACCUAAAAUCUGUCCAUCCUGUAUUUGAGGGCGACGUCUAUGAAUACCUGGGGGUUGAAAACGCCGUAAACAAGUUCAUAUCCUAUGGCUCUACUGGUUCAGAACAAGUAAAGAAGCAGCUUGAGGAUUGGCGCAUCCAGCUCGGGAUCAGCUCAUAAGGGUUGGUACGGUCCUAGAAAUAAGCUCGCAAAUUAGUGAUUGCGAUUUUUGAAGGUGUAUGUGGACGUCGUGAACUUAUUUUACUGUCUAUCGGUUCGUUGUCAUACAUUUUGAAAACUGGAAUGGGUGAUGCAAACAUGAUGGAUACCUUGAGUCCCUUCUAUGUGUCACAAACUCAAUACCCAAAUUGGAACUUCUCGGUGGUAUCCAGGAAUUAACUUCACUUAGGGCAUGUUUAGUUCCCCCUUACAAUGCAAAAUGCCAACUAUUUUGAAGUGAUAAAAUAUAAAAUGUCAAA